UGCAGAGCCCUGGUCCGGACAGAGCACCAAGAGAAGUGGGCUUCAUGCUGGGGACACCAUCGUCCCUUCAUGCCUUCAUGCCUGAGGUUGACAGAUCAUCUGCAUUCUGGGAAUGACCUCUCAGAAAGGACGGUUGAGAUGUGAUGGUGAUGAGGGAGCAAAUCGGCGCAGGGGCCAAUGCCCUGCACCACGUGCCUUCCCGACAGCCAUAGCAGGCAGCGCGUUUCCAAGCAACAGAUAUGGGGACAGAGCUGGGAAGGACCCCGAGGCCCAAACAACCUCUCAGGACACUGUGUUAAAUGAACACAUGCAGGCUACUCUUCUCACACAAGCCGCGUGAACGAGCCCGGACCCCACUCAGGUCUCCAGAGACGGCAGCCCUGGUCCCCAGCCCCCGGCCCCGGGCCCACAGCCUGACCCCACGAGAGGCCCCAGACCAGGCCAGCAGCCCCACGGCUCCCAGAUUCCCGCCCCUCAGGCACCGUGAAGAGGGGCAGCCGCCUCACAGAUGUCUCGAUCUGCCGGGAAAUGCCCAGCCUGGAAGUGAUCACCCUCAGCGUCAACAGCGUGUCCACCCUGGAGCCCGUGAGCCGGUGCCAGCAGCUGAGUGAGCUGUACCUGCGGAGGAACCGCAUCCCCAGCCUGGCGGAGCUCUACUACCUGAAGGGCCUGCCGCGCCUGCGCGUGCUGUGGCUGGCGGAGAACCCGUGCUGCGGGCCCGACCCACACCUCUACCGCAUGACCGUCCUGCGUAACCUGCCGCACCUGCAGAAGCUGGACAACCAGACGGUGACCGAGGAGGAGCUGUCCCGAGCAUUGCUGGAGGGAGAGGAGGUCACGGCCCCCGGCGGAGAGGGAGCAGGGAACGGCCGAACCGAGCUGUCCUACGGCCUGAGCGCCCUGAACACCGCCGCCGAGACCCAGCGGGACGCGCUCAGCUGUGGCGAGGAGGAGGCCAGCGUCCAGGGCCAGCUCAGCCCGAAGCCCCCUUCCCGGGACCCGUUCCCCUCCUUCUCACAGAGGGAAGCCGUGAGCGGUCGCAGGAACAGGAACAAUGUCCUGACCGCCAUCCUGCUGCUGCUGCGGGAGCUGGACGCCGAGGGGCUGGAGGCCGUGCACCAGACCGUGGUCAGCCGGCUCCAGGCUCUGCACAAGCAGGAGCCGCAAGAGGACGUGGAAUGACGGUCAGCCGGGACCCGAGCCGCCAGGCCUUCCUCCCAGGACCCUGUGCCCCAGCAUCUGGGAGGUGUGGGGUCCACAGCCACGGCCUCCACUGCAUCCUGAGUGUCCGCAUGCGGGCUGUGUCCCCAGAAGCUCAGCCCCGCCUGGGAAGGCCACGCCCCGGGUAUAGAAGGCGGGAAGGGCGCCGGGCACUGCGCCGGGCUCGCUCCGCCGUGCGGGGCCCAGGCGUGUGCCGCCUGCCUCGCUUCGCCUCGCCUCACCUCACCUCUUCUCAGGUGGCGUCGCAGCCACUGUCCCUAAUAAACAUCUUCCCCAAGUCCAGUCUGGAAGCAGACGUUUCCUAGGAGACGGACGUAGCCUUGACGUUGUUUUGAAGCUAAGGGCCACGUGCACGUGCAUUUCCCCUGUCGGCUCUCCCACCGGGUCGGGGGUAGAUUCCGCCCAGGAUGGUGCCGUCCUCGAAGCAGCAGCGGCUCCGGGCUCCGCCUCAGCCUCGGCAGACCCACGCGGCCGUGCCCACCGCUGCCCACGUGUUUGGCAGGGUGCAGGGGUCUUGUACGCCGUGCGGGGGGAGGCCGGGGGUGGGCAGGCCCGCGCUCCUGUCUGGAGACUCAGGUACAGCCAUAGGACAGGCAGCGGGGCCGGGGAGGAUGCCCGGAAACCCCAUCUAAAACGUGUUCUCCCGUGGGCAGAGCCACAGGCCUUGCCGUGGUGCACAGGCCCCGAGUGGUAGUGUUGCAGCCCGGGGCCCUUCCUCCUGCCCCCCAGCAGCUCCGGGGGCCGGGGAGGAGCGUGGCCUCUGAGGCAUUAGUCUUACUGGUGCUGAAACGGCGGGACCGGAGAGGGGGGUUCCCUUUGCCCUGGCUCCCGUUAGUGUCUGUGUCGCCCUGUAAGCGAAGGGGUGGGACUUCACCCACUGUGUGCGAGAACCCAGAUGGGGUGACUGCCGGGGAGACCGUGGCAGGCCGCGCUCGCACUGGCCCGGCCACACUGGGCGGGUGGUGGAUAUCAGGUGUCGUGGCUCCUCGGGACCUGGGGAGUGGAAGCAAGGGGUCGCCACGUGGGGGUAUCCGGAAGGGUGGCCGCAGGGUCCGCGCGUGCCUUCUGUUGUACGUCUGGAUGGUUGUCACACUCAAUAAAGCGUUGUCUUUUUUAGA